AGUUGUCCUUAUGUCAGUUAUAAGUCCAGGAAGUGUUUUUUCUUGCUUCAAAGUCACAAAUAGACCUACUGUUGGCCACAUGUUUCUAAGGGUCACAAAAGAGUUCCCAUGUAGAUCUUUCUCUUUUCUUUCCUACCUAGGCACAACUGGAGUGCUCUCUGCUACAACAGUCUCCCCUGGGAGCUCCAACUCAGAGGCCACAACUUCUAUAGGAGAAAGUGGAGAAACAGGAGCUGAAAUAAUCACAGGUACUACUGAGGGCAUCUCUGGCAGAACUCUGGAGGCUAAAAGUGCCCCCACAGAGGCCACAACUUUCCCAGGAGGAAGUGGAGCCACCCAAGCAGGACCAACCGGAGGUAUCUCAGCGGUAGCCCCUGCCACAACAGUUGCCCGUGGAAGUUUCAGCACAGCAGCCACAGCUUCUCCUGGAGCAAGUGGAAUGACUGGGGUUACAACAACUGCAA